AUGCCGCUGCUACGCCACCUUUGCUUGUUAAGUAUCCCCAGGAUGCCUCUGCUACGCCACCUUUGCUUGUUAAGUAUCCCCCAGGAUGCCUCUGCUACGCCACCUUUGCUUGUUAAGUAUCCCCAGGAUGCCGCUGCUACGCCACCUUUGCUUGUUAAGUAUCCCCAGGAUGCCGCUGCUACGCCACCUUUGCUUUUGGUAAUGUCGGGGACGCCGCCUGCGGCAGGAGGCGGCGGUGGCGGGGCCGCCGCCGUGGCCGCCGCCGCCGCCGACCACUUCUGUUUGCGUUGGAACAACUACCAGACCAACAUGACGGCGGUGUUCGACCAGUUACUGCAGGAGGAGGUGUUCGUGGAUGUGACGUUGUCUUGUGAAGGCGGCCAGCAGUUGAGAGCACACAAGGUGGUUCUCGCAGCUUGUUCGCCCUAUUUCCAGGCUGUGUUGCAGAACAACCCAUGCAAACACCCCAUCGUCAUCCUGCCGCGGGACGUGGCCUUCGCGGACCUACGCGCCAUUAUCGAGUUCGUCUACCGCGGGGAGAUCGACGUGGCUCAGGAACAGAUCAAUUCCCUCCUCGCGGCCGCAGACACACUCAAGAUUAAGGGUCUGUGCGAGGUGGGUGACGACCCCACCCACGUACCUCCAGGUUUUACUGCCACGCCCUCCACUGCUUCAUCGCGGCACAGUUCUACCUCUCACACGCCCACACGAGGCCGCCCACCAUACACACGCGGGCGUUAUAACACAUCGUACCGACCUCGUGGCCGCCCUCCGUUAUACGGGAAACACCGAUAUGAACGACCAUCCCUCUCCACACCAGCCAGUCGUCGCACAGACCACGACCAUCACAGUACCAAUAAACGCAUCAAGUUGGAGACGGAAGGAACAGUCACGGCGCGGUAG